AUGUCCCCUGCAACCCUUCCGGUCAAUUCGUCUUCCAAGUUGCCCUCGCCCGGGUUCAACGCCGGUACACGGCCCUACCGAUCUCACAAGGUUCGCGCAUGCGAUCUCUGUCGCAAGCGCAAAUCUCGAUGCACCGUCGACAUACCCGGUCAAUCUUGCCUCCUGUGUCGCGUGCAAGGGGCCGACUGCCAUUACCAGGAGGAAGCCAAUGCUGACGCCUCGGUCUUGAGCACAAGCGAACCUCCGCCAUGGUCGGGAGCGCAGCCGGUCAAGCCCGAGCCGGUGUCGGGGCAUAAGCGCAAGCGAAGCCCCGACUCUCGUCCGUCUACAAAUGGUCCCAGUCCGCAUGGAACAACUUCCUCGUCUGGUCGCCGAGGAAGUGACUCGCGGCGCAAGGAAUAUGACGAUCCUCACAACGAGUCAGUGCUCAUUGUCGGGCCGAUGGUUGCGGAGGAUGCGCAAGUCAUUGAGAAACAUAUGCCUCCGGAGCGGUCCAGUUUUUCAGAGGAGCCCAACAGUCACCCGUACAAUAUCUACUCGAGCGAUCCCAGAAAGCCUGUACUCUACACUACCAUCUCUCGGCGGAGGAAAGGUAUGCGCCAGGGCGUUCCGCCAGGUGAAAACCAGAAGGAGAUCUUGGAGCAAAUACUCGGUCCCUUUAAACAUGACUUGGUUCGGCUCUUUAUUGACAGGUUCAAUGUCGCAUUCCCUAUCUUCGAUGGCGAGCAAUUCUGGGAUUCAUAUAUCACUGAAGCAUUGGAGGAUCCUCCCGCGGCGCUAUUAUGUCAGGUUUAUUCGAUGUCUCUGGUGUAUUGGAAACACACACAGAAACUUGCCUGUCAUCCGAAGCCCGACGUUCGAUAUGCAGUCAACAUGACUGUGGCUGCAUUGCACGAGGAAUUCUCUGCGCCAGGUCUGUCGACGAUUAGCGCUGCGCUCAUCGAUUUAACCGGACGACCUAUCUUCUCUAUGACAGGAAACGCCAUCAGCUGUGGUCGCAUGCUAUCUUUGGCCAAUUGCCUUGGUUUGAACCGUGAUCCGAGUCUGUGGAAGCUCUCAGAGCAAGAAAAGAACCAACGAAUUCGCCUUUGGUGGGGCGUUGUAAUCCAUGAUCGCUGGGGGAGCUUCGGUCACGGCGUGCCACCCCAGAUCGCCAAAACCCAAUACGACGUGCCUCUUCCUACAGUCGACGGACUUUGUCCCCCAAAUCUUCGAACUACCGAGCGCGUACGAGCAGCUCAUUGUCAUAUAUUUUUGUGCAAGUUAACCGAGAUUUUGGGCGAGUUACUACCAUUAGUAUAUGGUCUGCAAGCGAAAUUGGCACGCGAGAGCUCCAAGAAGCUGAGGCAGAUUCGAACGGAUCUGGACUUGUGGGAGGAUUCUCUUCCGGACUGGUUAAGAACACCAGUCCCCCACCGUGGCGAACAAGUCUAUGCGUCAAGCUGCUUACAGCUUGCCUUCCUAGCUGUCAAGAUGCUUGUUAGUCGAGUGGAGUUGAACGAGGUUAACAACGCGGAGACCGACAACCCCGAAGCACGUCGUUACUUCCAGACAGAGUGCCGCAGAUCCGCAGAGGAGAUCGUUCGUUUCAUUUCGUCUCUGCGGAAGGAGCACUUCAAGGAAUUCUGGCUACCUUACAGCGCUUUCCAUCUCACUUCAACGGCCACUCUCCUUGUACGCUCCGCUCUUGAAACCGACGACACGGACGUCGCCCGAUCCUGUCUUUCCAAUGUCGAGACCCUGCGCACAGUACUGCGCCGAGUACGCGAGGAGGAAGACUGGGACGUCGCUGACAUGUGCCUGGACCACUGCGAGAGAAUCAUGCACCGACUUCCCGGCACCGGCGCGGCCAUUGAUCAGACAUUGGCCUUUGCAAUGGCGGACAACGGACUGGUUAACCCAGCCGCAAUCUCUCUGCCAGAGACUCAAACCAACAACGACAUCGUGGAUGACAUGAUGUCUAUUUCUAAUACGUUCGGCACGAUGGACGGCUUCCCAUUCGACAUGACGGGUAUCUGGGAUGCCUCCGUUUUCCAGGACGUCAACUUGACCUAA